ACAGACAAAACAAACAAUGAAUGCUUGCAUUGGGUAAUUGAGUCAAUUCGUCUCCUUAUAAUAAAACCCUUCUUAAUCCCCUUGAGAACCGGUACUUCACUUACUUAGCAAUUAGCAUUUUCGCUUUCUCACUACCAACAAUGGCGGCGAUUUCUGGCCACUGCACAUUCCGGUCACACCAAUUCCCUCUCUCUUUCACCGUCCCCGUCGCCUCCUCUUCCUCUUUCUACGGCGAAGCUCUCCGAUCUUCCAGCGUUUCCCUCGCUUCUCCUCCGUCUGUCCACCGAUCCCUUAUAUCUUGUCAGGCCUCCUCCGCCGCGUCACCACCUUCUUCCUCCGUCAAUGGGACAGCAAAAGGGGGGAUGAAGGAUUUUUUGCAUAUUAGCGACUUUGAUAAAGCCACCAUAAUGAAGAUAUUAGACAGGGCCGCAGAGGUCAAGGCACAGCUAAAAUCAGGAGAUAGGUCGUUUGCUCCAUUUAAGGGGAAGACUAUGGCUAUGAUUUUUGCAAAGCCAUCAAUGAGGACACGGGUUUCAUUUGAGACUGGGUUUUUCUUACUCGGAGGUCAUGCUAUAUAUUUGGGACCAGAUGAUAUCCAGAUGGGUAAACGAGAGGAAACUCGUGAUGUUGCUCGUGUUUUGUCUCGAUAUAAUGACAUUAUCAUGGCACGUGUUUUUGGUCAUCAGGACAUUCUUGAUUUGGCUAAAUUUUCCAGUGUACCUGUCAUUAAUGGCUUGACAGAUUACAACCACCCUUGUCAAAUAAUGGCAGAUGCACUCACUAUUAUUGAACAUAUCGGUCAGUUGGAAGGAACGAAGGUUGUCUAUGUCGGGGAUGGAAACAACAUUGUUCACUCUUGGUUGUUGCUGGCUUCUGUUGUUCCUUUCCACUUUGUCUGUGCCUGCCCUAAAGGUUUUGAGCCUGAUAAGGAGACUGUUGAGAAGGCACAAAAAGCUGGGAUCAGCAAGAUCGAGAUCACAAAUAAUCCAAAGGAAGCUGUUAAAGGUGCUGAUGUUGUGUAUUCAGAUGUCUGGGCUAGUAUGGGGCAGAAGGAAGAAGCUGCCCAUCGUCGCCAAGUGUUUCAAGGAUUUCAGGUUGAUGAAGCUCUUAUGAAGAUAGCAGGCCCAAAAGCUUAUUUCAUGCACUGUUUGCCUGCUGAAAGAGGAGUAGAAGUGACUAACGGUGUUAUAGAGGCUCCAAAUUCCAUCGUCUUUCCACAGGCAGAAAAUCGUAUGCAUGCACAGAAUGCUAUAAUGCUUCAUGCUCUUGGGUUAUAAUUGCAUGGAAGUGCUGCAAUUUUAGAAGGCAGGCAUGUUAUUUCUAGAGCUCCAUUUUCAUCUUAGAUGCAAAAUCGAACUUCUGUGACUUUUUGAGUAACUUUGAUGGGUGUAAGGGUUUUAAACUUAACGAAUUCUAGUAUCUAUAUCGGCGAUUACAAUCCAACUCCAGUAUAUGUACAUUGCUACUGUCAGCGUGUUAUCAAUAAAUUUUGAUGCGUAUAUUUGUUUGA